AUGCUCUCUGCCAUGCUGAUGGACGCCUACCGUGACGAACGCCCUGGGAUCCGCAUCGCCUACAGGAGGAACGGCCAACUCCUCAACCACCAACGGAUACACUUCCAGUCGAGUGUAUCCGCAACUAUAUUCCAUCAACUUCUUUUCGCCAAUGACUGCGCUCUGAACGCCACCUCGGAAGGGGACAUGCAAAGGAGCAUGAACCUUUUUUCCGCCGCCUGCAACAACCUCGGCCUGGUCAUGCUUAGCUCGACCCACACCCCGCCGCCCAGCACUUCCACCACCGUCAGCUCCACCAAGGUCAACAUAUCUUGCACAUCCACCAUGCCUAGCCGUCACACAGCGCGUCCACCAUCAACAGCCCCACCACUGGCACCAUCUCCAAGACCGACACUAACACCGCUGACUUUUCCUGUCCCCGCUGUCCCCGUACAUCUACCUCACACACUGACCUGGUCGGUCACUUGCGAAUCCAUUGGAGCACCCAUACACACUCACCGCGUCCGCCUCAACUUCCCACUGCACCCCCACAUUCACCUACCGCAUGGGCCUAUUAG